AUGCGCACUAUACUCUCGCUCGUUCUCCUUUCAAUUCUACCUUCAUUCGAGUGCUUGGACAAGGGAGCUACGGACUUGGCAUUUAUCGGUUUCCAGCAUAAAUUCGGUAGAAAAUACGAGUCUAAGGAGGAAGAAGUCAAAAGAAAUGCCAUCUUUCAGGCCAACCUCCAUCACAUCGAGCAAACCAACGCUAAAAAUCUGUCUUACAAGCUGGGCGUCAAUGAGUAUGCGGAUCUCACACACGAGGAGUUCGCCGCUCUGAAGCUCGGCACUUUGAAGAUGAGUAUGAGGAGGGAUGAUAACCUCCUCGUGUCAGCUGAUACCACACAGCUCGCAACUUCGGUGGAUUGGAGAAAUAAGGGUGUAUUAACACCGAUUAAGAAUCAAGGGUCCUGUGGAAGCUGCUGGGCUUUCUCAUCGACCGGUGCUCUCGAGGCGCAGUAUGCCAUCGCUACGAGUAAGCUCUUGUCUUUCUCCGAGCAGCAGCUUGUUGAUUGCAGCUCCAGCUAUGGGAACCAGGGAUGCAGUGGAGGCUUGAUGCAUUAUGCUUAUGAAUACAUAAAAUCAUCUGGCAUCGAUCAAGAGUCAACCUACCCUUAUGAAGCUUCGGACAACACGUGCCAAAAGUCCCUUGAGAAACUAGCCAACGGCCUCCCGGUUACUGGCUAUCACAUGCUAGAACAAACUGAGCAGGCUUUGAUGACAAGGUUAGUGGCGGCUCCGGUCUCCGUUGCAAUGUAUGCUUCGGAUCCNNNNUUGAUCACGCUGUUGUGGCGGUUGGUUAUGGAAACGAAAAUGGAGAGGAUUACUUCAUCGGCAGAAAUUCUUGGGGAACUUCCUGGGGUCAAGAUGGGUGAAUGCAACAUACUCGAGUACAUGUGUGUUGCGGAUCUCAAAACUACAAGCUUCAGAGGCCAGUAA